CCUGCCCCAAGUCAAAAGCUGAUGGUAUAGAUAAACUCAAACGACUUUCUCUUAACAAUCCUUGAACCGGAUUCGGAAGGUGAUCAACGAAAGGAAAUUCUCCCAACUCUAUGCGUCAUCUCCUUUUUUAGAAUUGAUCAUUGUGAAAAAGGUGAGUUUUUUCUCAUCCUGUAGAUAAAUUCAAUGUCUGGGGUUCAAGUUAAUGGUGGAAACAAGCGGCAGUUGCCAUCAUGGAUGUUGGGUGCAACCAGAACUGAGCAAACAGAAAAACCUAAAAAAAAGAAUGAAAAGACAUCAACUUUAGGGAUUCAGCAAGCACCCAAAGUUCUAAGGCCUAAGAGAAUUCCAUUGGCUAAGAAAGAGGUGGUGGGCAUAUCUGAGGAUAGUGUAUUGAAGAUGGAUUCGAAUGUGCUAGUAAAAUGUAGAACUAGAAAAAGGAAACCGGCAUCAGAACGGCUGGAUUUGGAUGAUGACGACGAAAUUGUUGAUGAUGAUGAGGAUGUUGGUUUAAGGAAGAAGAGAACCAGGAAAAGAGUUGAGGAGGUUGGAAGUAAAUUUCAGCUGUCCGCUUGUUCAAUGAAGAGAAAUCGGAAAGAUAGUAAGAUGGGCGGUAGAGAUGAAUGUUUAGUUACUUCAGUAAGUGAGGAAGAUGAGGAAUUGACAAUCGAAGAUCUUAUGGAAAUUGCUGAGGAGGAGGUUGGAAGUAAAAAUCAGCUGUCCACUACUGCAAAGAAGAGGAACCGGAAAGCUAAUAAGGUGGGUGAAAGAGAUGAAAGUUUAGUUUCUUCACCAAAUGAGGAAGACGAGGAAUUGACAGUCAAAGAUCUUAUGACAAUUGCUGAGGAGUAUGUAAAAGCUGAUGAAGGGAAUAAAUGUCAGCAGUCAGCGGCAAAAGAUCCUGAACCUACCCAACUUCCAGUAAGUUUUGAGUUCUCUAGAAAUGACUCAAGAAGUUCUAUUGAACCCAUUCAAACCAGUAAAGAUUUUACAGUAAGUAUGAAAGAAAGGUCAACUUCUACAUUCAGUAAGAGUAAUCGGGAGAGUUCUGAAGACGGAGGCAUCAUUAGUAGUAUGAAAGAAAGGUCAACUUCUACAUUCAGUAAGAAUAAUCGGGAGAGUUCUGAAGACGGAGGCAUCAUUAGUAGUAUGAAAGAAAGGUCAACUUCUACAUUCAUUAAGAAUAAUUGGGAGAGUUCUGAAGACGGAGGCAUCAUUAGUAGUCAGAGCCGAACAGGGGAUUCUACUCAAGAUAUGUUGGAUCUCUUUCUGGGUCCCUUGCUAAGGAUACCCCAAACUGCAGAGAAAAAGUCUGAAUCUAUUACAGAGGAUUUUAACUUGGCCUGUGAACCCAGAAAGCAGAAACAAAGUGAAGUUUAUGGGGAAGAAGUAGUUCCACUGACGAAAAAGAAGAGCAGCCUCAAAGACAAGGUUUCAAUGUUUUUUUGACUGAAAUUUGUGAUUCUUCGACGAAUCGAUUGAUUUUCGCAAAACCAGACCACAGUGAAGAUGGAACUUAAGAUAUGUUAGCUACUGAAUGUCUGAAACACUCAGUAAUAUGCUUUUGGACCAAUUGUUUCUCCUUUAUCAUGGCUCUACAAAUGAAAGUGCCCUAUAGAUGUUAUCUCGAUUCCCAGUUUUUAUGAAUGUGAGUGAUCAUAUCAUUUGCUUCAAGGAUGGCAUGGCAUGCAGCAGUGUUCCCUAUGCAUGUAUGGAGUGUGCACUGUACAGCGCAAGGUGGCCAGGUAUGGCAUAAUCAAUAUUCUUGUAAAUAUUUUCGCGAAGAAAGAUAUAUAUGAAAUGCACAUUGCAUAAUAACUGGUUACACUAUGGUAACACGAAGUUAAUAAGUGUUCUAUUCUUGCCUAGAUUUCUUUUCUUCAUGUAAUAGCCUAAUAAUAGUGGAUCUUAUCCAGAAAUGUAAAUUUUAUCUCUUAACCAUUGAAUAAAUACUUCAAUUUGUUAUACUCUA